CAAACCCAUCUUAGGUGUACAGAUUUGCUAUCUGGGGUCGAAGGAGGCCAAAUUUCCAAAUCAAUCUCGCUAUUUGGGAAAAAAGGCACCGAGCUUGUUUUACGAAGUACAUCCACACGUAAUGUGGAGGAGAUGGAGGGCUAGCUGCAUGGUCAUCAUCUCGGCCUUUUUUUUUACUCACAUUUACUCAAAUGUGUUCUCAGUGUAACUGCAGGUUUGGGAUUGAGCUUGGCCGCAUGGACACCACACCCAUACCAUACUUGCCUGCAGCGUCACCUGCAUGAGAUGGUACGUCGAAUUUAUAGUACCUGCCUUUUUUUCCCUUAUCUGUAUCUUGCUCAUGCACGACUGUUGACCGUUUUAUUAUUUUCUGUCACUUCUCCUGCUGUCAAUCCAUCCGUCCCUACUUUACUCUACUCUGCAUUUUUCUUACUGUCAUCCUGUGCACAUUCCCUGCCAGGGUCCAUGCUGCAAGCAUUGCGGCAACAUGCAUGAGCCUGCCUGGUUUGCGCCAUCCGCCGGCUAGGACCGGAGCUUGAGAUGUCGGUAUGUACGGUACCUUGGUUGGUCUACCUGAACUAGUACCUCGUACAUAAGGCCCAGGCACCUUGGCCACAACUUUAUCAUCAAAAUGGUUUAGGACGCCAUCCACUUGUUCUUUGUUGGUCCGCUUGUACUGUACGUACAAACCUGUCAUCGCUGUCGCGAUCCUUGUCAGGGUCUGUUUGUGGCUCUCUGCAGUCUUUUUUUUUUUAAUCCAGUCCAGCACAUUUUAAGCCCAUCAUCAUAUACCUGAUCCAAGUUAUCGUCUGGAUGACUACAAUAUUUUAGUCAAGUCAGACAUCAAUGUCCAAGAGAUACAGCGGAUGAUAAAGGAGGAAACAAAAGCCAUGGCCAACAACAUGGCAGCUUUCUCCUUCUUCAGCUUCCCACCAGAGAUCAGACACCUCAUCUACGAAUGGAUGCUCUGCGACUUCACAGCACCCAGAAAAGUAGACCCGGCCACCUUUCCUGAUGACAUGGUGCGCGCCCCCUUGAAGCUGGGCCUGGAGAACCUCUCACCCGCCAUCCUCCGCACCAGCCGCCAGGUCCACGCCGAAGCUACGGCUGCCAUGGUGCGUAGGUGCCGCUUCGUCCACAUAAGCGCCAUCCUAGACUACUGGUCCAUAAGGUCCAUCGUGCCGCGGAACCUCGGCGUGUUGUGCGCCGAGCGCGACCUCAUCCAGCGCUUCCGCGGCUGCGUCAUGGCCCUCCACGUGGGCUCCACCGCGUCCCCCUAUUCUCGGGAGCACCGCAUCGACUGCCUCAUCCUGGGCCGCGACCUCGACGCCUACUGCCGGAGCCUGGGCAGCUGGGUCGACGUGCCGCCCGACUUUGGCCGGCGGACCAGCCUCACCCUCGAGCUCGGCAACCCGCUCAACGACCCCGGGCCGCACGUAGAGUUUGUUCACAAGGCGCUUCGUGUCUUGCAAGACAUUGGGACAAUCCCCAAUAUAAUAAGAGCCAGCUGGGAACCUAACAGUGCACAACUAGCCGAGUUAUACUUCCGCAAGGCCAACGUCUGCCAUUUCAGGAGCAUAUGGCAGGAAGAUCCCGAGACGUCGUUCGACUGCAUGAGGCAGGCCCUCGUGGCCAUCACAGAGGCAACAAAGUAUCAGCCACGGUUUGAACUGAUUCCAAAGCUCCAAGAGCUCAAAAAGUCGAUUCGGGACGAUGCACUAAAAGCUGUGGGCGACCGACUCAAUUUCAGGGGUAAAUAUUCACUGAAGAAUACAAGAUGAAAUAAUCAGCGAACGUCUGGGUGGAGAUAUGGCUUAGACAGUACAUGUAUGACACAUAAUUUUCUCUCUGCAUUUUCUCUUGGUCUUUUACUGUUCUUCACUCCUUUUCUGUCUCCCUUUUCACUCCCUAAUGACAGUAAGUAAUGCUUAAUUUCAUACAAAUAACCUUCUCCCAAG